AUGAGGAUAGUCGAGAUCAUAGUCGACGGCUUUAAAUCGUAUGCCGUGCGGACGGUAAUCUCAGGAUGGGAUGAAUCGUUCAACUCGAUUACCGGUCUCAACGGCAGCGGUAAAUCCAACAUUCUCGACGCCAUUUGUUUCGUCCUCGGGAUCACAAAUAUGAGUACCGUCCGGGCCCAGAAUUUGCAAGAUCUUAUCUACAAGCGUGGCCAGGCGGGUGUAACCAAGGCCAGCGUUACUAUUGUCUUCGAUAAUCGUAAUAAGGAGAAGUCCCCGAUCGGUUUCGAGGAAUAUGCGACUAUUUCGGUUACUCGACAGAUUGUACUGGGUGGCACCAGCAAGUACCUGAUCAAUGGUCAUCGUGCGCAGCAGCAGACGGUUCAAAAUCUGUUUCAAAGUGUGCAACUGAAUAUCAAUAACCCCAACUUUUUGAUCAUGCAGGGCCGCAUAACGAAGGUCCUUAAUAUGAAACCUGUUGAGAUUCUGUCGAUGAUUGAGGAAGCCGCGGGGACGCGCAUGUUCGAAGAUAGAAGAGAAAAGGCAAUCAAGACAAUGGGAAAGAAGGAGUUGAAGUUGCGAGAGAUUGAAGAAUUGCUUAAAGAAGAAGUCGAGCCCAAACUUGAGAAACUGAGAUCGGAGAAACGCGCUUUUCUGGACUUUCAACAAACGCAAAGCGACCUUGAACGCUUAACGCGACUGGUAGUUGCUCACGACUACGUUAAGGGUGGAGAGCGACUACAACUUGCCGGUGAGGAAUGCGAAAAUAAACGACGCAAGAUACAAGAAUUUGAGGAUAACGCCGUUAAGCUUAAGAAUGAAAUAGCUCAUCUUGAAGAGGAUGUUAAGCGAGUGAGAGCUGCCCGUGAUAAGGAGCUGCGGAAAGGUGGCAGAUUCCAAGCCCUCGAGGAAGAAGUCAAAGCACACUCCCACGAUCUCGUUCGACUUUCCACGGUGUUUGAUCUCAAGAAAUCGAGCAUGGCAGAAGAGAAAGAGAAGCGUGGAACUGUUAAGAAGACCGUCAGAGAUCUCCAAGAAGUUCUGAAGGAGAAGAAAAGCGUUUACGACAAACUUCAAGCGCAGUACGAUGCUGCCAAGGCCGAGCUCGAUGCACAAACAGCUGAAGUUGAACAGAAAGAAGAGUUGCUCCAGACCCUGCAAACUGGUGUUGCGUCAAAGGAAGGCCAGGAGAGUGGGUACCAAGGUCAACUCCAGGAUGCUCGAAAUCGAGCAAACGCCGCUUCUACGGAACAGGAGCAAGCCAAACUCAAGAUUGCUCAUUUGGAGAAACGAGUAAAGGAAGAGGAGCCUCGGGCUGAGAAGGCCAAGGAACAGAACUUGGGCCUCCUAAAAGAAUUAGAGGGACUUAAGACACAAGCGCGGAAGCUUGAACAGGAAUUCACAAAACUUGGAGUGGAACCAGGUCGAGAGGAGCAGAUAUACCAGGAGCAGUCUAGCCUACAGAAAGAUAUCCGUGAGCUCCGAAGUAGGGCUGAUGACCUCAAGAGAAGAGCAGCAAACAUUGAAUUUACCUAUGCAGAUCCGCACCCUCAUUUUGAUCGAUCAAAAGUCAAGGGAUUGGUGGCCCAGUUGUUUACGUUGGAUAAGGACAAAAUUCCUGCUGCGACAGCACUGGAAAUAUGUGCUGGUGGACGCUUAUACAAUGUUGUCGUCGACACAGCAGAGACCGGUACCCAGCUUCUUCAAAGGGGGAAGCUGCGCAAGCGUGUCACUAUCAUACCUCUGAAUAAAAUAUCCGCAUUCAAAGCAUCUGCAGAGAAGAUCGGCGCUGCAAAAAAUCUUGCACCGGGGAAAGUCGACCUUGCUUUGUCGCUAAUAGGAUACGAUGACGAGGUCUCGGCGGCGAUGGAAUAUGUCUUCGGCAAUACAUUGAUCUGUCAGGACGCAGAGACUGCGAAAAGAGUAACGUUUGACCCAUCUGUUCGCAUGAAAAGUGUCACGCUUGAUGGCGACGUCUACGAUCCAUCCGGAACCCUGUCUGGCGGCAGCUCACCAAAUUCGAGCGGUGUUCUUGUCACCCUACAGAAGCUGAAUGAGAUCACCAGAGAAAUCAAAAACAAGGAACGUCUACUAGCGUCUUUGGAAGAGACAUUGAAAAAAGAGAAGAAAAAGCUUGAUGUGGCUCGCUCCAUAAAGCAAGAGCUCGAUCUUAAGACUCACGAAAUAAAGCUUACAGAGGAGCAGAUAAACAGCAACUCAUCAUCUUCUAUUAUCCAGGCUGUCGAAGAGAUGAGGGCGAACAUUGAACAGCUGAAGAAGGAUAUCUUGCAAGCAAAAACCCGCCAAAGCGAAGCAUCCAAGGAUAUAAAAAGAAUCGAAAAGGAUAUGAGUGAAUUCAAUAACAAUAAGGACAGCAAGCUAGCAGAGCUGCAGGCUUCGCUUGACUCACUCAAGAAAAGCCUGACGACGAAUUCAGUGGCAGUGAAGACCUUGCAGAGAGAACUUCAAGCCUCUAGACUUGACAGUGAGCAAGUCGGGAGCGACCUUUCCGCCGCUGAGGAACAGUUGGCCGACGCCGAUGCGACGUUGAAGGCUCAGCGGGAGGAAAUUGAAUCGCUUAAGAGAGAAGAAGCAAGACUGAAGGACGCCCAUGACGUUGCCCAAGCAAAACUUGAUGACGAGAGGGCCAAGCUGACUGGCUUUGACGAAGAGCUGCGGGAGCUUGAGGAGACAGCACAGGCGAAAGCCUCACGAAUCACAGAGGAGGGUCUCGAGAUGCAAAAGCUUGGUCACCAACUCGAAAAGCUUCAGAGAGAUCAACAAGCUGCUGCUCAAACCGUAGCCCAUAUAGAGGCAGAACACGAGUGGAUUUCCGACGAAAAGGACAAUUUUGGCCGUCCUAACACAGCUUAUAACUUCAAGAACCAGAACAUCGCGGAGUGUAAGGCGACGCUGCGGAACCUCACAGAGCGAUCUCAGGGAAUGAAGAAGAAGAUCAAUCCUAAAGUAAUGAAUAUGAUUGAUAGCGUGGAGAAGAAGGAAGCCGCCCUGAAGAACAUGAUGAAGACUGUCAUCAGAGACAAACGCAAGAUUGAAGAAACUAUUAUUAAUCUCAACGAGUACAAAAAGGAGGCUCUUCACAAGACUUGGACUCAGGUCAACAAAGAUUUUGGACAGAUCUUUGCCGAGCUGCUACCAGGAAGCUUUGCAAAAUUGGAUCCUCCCGAGGGCAAGGAGAUCACUGAUGGCUUGGAGUUCAAGGUAUGCCUAGGCAAGGUCUGGAAGCAGAGCUUGGCGGAACUCAGUGGUGGGCAACGCUCCCUCAUUGCUAUAGCAUUGAUCAUGGCACUGCUGCAAUUCAAGCCCGCCCCCAUGUAUAUCUUGGAUGAGGUGGAUGCCGCUCUAGAUCUGUCGCACACGCAGAACAUUGGACGAUUAAUCAAGACCCGAUUCAAGGGAUCCCAGUUCAUCGUCGUUUCCCUCAAGGAUGGCAUGUUUCAGAAUGCGAACCGCAUUUUCAGGACGAGAUUUAGCGAAGGGACGAGUAUUGUUCAAGCCCUGACUCCGGCUGACAUGAAAUAA